AGGCCAGCGGGGUGAAUGAUGAGGCUUCCGCGGGGGUCUGCUUGGGAGGGUUUAGGGGUCGCUUGUGUGGGUUCCAUUCACGGAAGCCUGCCGGCUGUGACAGUGUUGAAUUUCGCCAGAGCCUUGUGCUCCUGGAAACAGUGAAGGCUGAGGAAUUUCCCACCCUUUUGGGUUCCAGGAGAUGACUCGCUGCAAAGACCCCCCUUCCCUAUAUGAUUUAGGUCAGCCUCCAGGAUGCCCCUUGUUCACACAGACCCGCCACGUUGCUGUCGCUUGCCUCAUCAGUGACUGGCUGAACUCCACUGAGCGGUCGGAGCAAAAUGUUCCUUAACCAAACUUUAGCCAAGCUUCUUUCCUUUCCCCAUUUUCUUGAGCUUUGGCCCAUCCCCGGCCUGAGCCAACACGCAGCCUCGGCAGAGAACAGGCUGGCUCAGGGUCAGGCUUCCUCUGCUUUGCUCUCUGGUCGCGCGAACUUCCACCUCGCUUGGCAGGCCUGGUCUUGGCUACCCUUGUUCCCGUCUCUCUAUGAAAGAAAAUCCCUUUUUGCUUUGCAGAGACGCACGCAGUAACCCUCUGGAACAAGACAAUUCAUGUGAGAUAAGAAAGAAGAGCCCACAAGACCAAGAAUACAUUCUCAGUUUACAGACCACUGACCAGAGACCACUCCAGGUGUCAGGACUAAGAGAAGUCACAAAACAGCGGGUUUCCCAAGAGCAGUGGAAAAUGAUCCAGUCACAGAUAUCAUUUGAGGAUGUGGCUGUGGAUUUCACGUUGGAGGAAUGGCAGCUACUUAAUCCUACUCAGAAGAACUUGUACAGAGAUGUGAUGUUGGAGAACUAUAGCAAUCUGAUUUUCUUGGAAGUCUGGCUAGAUAAUCCCAAAAUGUGGCUCCGAGAUAAUCAAGACAACCUUAAAAGUAUGGAGAGAGGCCAUAAAUAUGAUGUUUUUGGAAAAAUAUUUAAUUCAAACAUAAACGUUGUUCAUGUAGGAAUGAGAUCCCAUAAAUGUGGCACAGGAGAAAAAAGUUUGAAACGUCCUUUUGAUUUGCUUAUUCCAAGAAAUAACGGUGAAAGAAAGAAAAUUGAUGAGCUCAAUAAUAAAUUACUAUUCUGUAUUCAUGACAGAACCCAUGGUGGAAUAAAAUGCUGUGAUUGCAAUACAUGUAGAAAACCCAGCAAUAAAGAGCCAUGGCUCACUGCUAAUCAUACACACACAGGAGUCUAUUUAUGCAUGGAAUGUGGCAGAUUUUUUAACAAGAAGUCACAACUUAUUAUUCACCAGAGAACUCAUACAGGAGAGAAGCCCUAUCAAUGCAGUGAGUGUGGAAAAGCCUUCUCACAGAAGUCACUGCUCACUAUUCAUCAAAGAACUCACUCAGGAGAAAAACCGUAUGGGUGCAGCGAAUGUCAGAAAGCUUUUAGUAGGAAGUCACUCCUCAUUUUACAUCAGAGAAUUCAUACUGGAGAGAAGCCGUAUGGAUGCAGUGAAUGUGGAAAAGCCUUCAGUAGGAAGUCGCAGCUUAAAAGACAUCAGAUAACUCACACAAUAGAGAAACCCUACAGUUGCAGUGAGUGCGGGAAAGCAUUCUCGCAGAAAUUAAAACUCAUCACACAUCAGAGAACGCACACAGGAGAGAAACCCUAUACGUGUAGUCACUGUGGAAAAUCCUUCUUUUGGAAGUCGCAGCUUAUUACUCAUCAGAGGACCCACACAGGGAAGAAACCUUAUGCAUGUAGUGAGUGUCAAAAAGCCUUCAGCAGGAACUCACUUCUCAUUAGGCAUCAGAGGAUUCAUACAGGAGAGAAGCCCUACGAAUGCAAUGAAUGUGGUGAAGCCUUCAUCAGAAAACCACAGCUGAUUAAACAUCAGAUAACUCACACAGGAGAGAAGAACUAUCGAUGCAGUGAUUGUGAAGAGGCCUUCUUUAAGAAGUCAGAGUUAAUAAGACAUCAAAAAAUUCACUUAGGAGAGAAACCAUAUGGAUGCAUUCAAUGUGGGAAAACCUUCUUUGGGAAGUCCCAGCUCCUAACGCAUCACAGAACACACACUGGGGAGAAGCCUUAUGAAUGCAGUGAGUGUGGGAAAGCCUUCACCCAGAAGUCAAGCCUGAUAUCACAUCAGAGAACACAUACAGGUGAGAAACCCUAUGAAUGCAGUGAAUGCAGGAAAACCUUCAGUGAGAAGUCAAGUCUCAUUCAUCAUCAGAGAACUCAUACUGGAGAAAAGCCCUUUGAAUGUAGUGAAUGUAGGAAAGCUUUUGCCUGGAAGCCACAGCUUCUUAGGCAUCAGAGAAUUCAUACAGGGGAGAAACCCUAUGAAUGCAAUGAAUGUGGGAAAGCAUUUGUUCAGAAAGUGCAGCUCAUUAAGCAUCAAAGAAAUCACACGGGAGAGAAAACCUAUGGAUGCAGUGAUUGUGCAAAAGCUUUCUUUGAGAAGGCACAGCUCAUUAUACAUCAGAGAAUUCAUACAGGAGAGAGACCAUAUAAAUGUGGUGAAUGUGGGAAGUCUUUCACGAGAAAGUCACACCUUAUGAGGCAUCAGAGGAUUCAUACAGGAGAUAAAUAUUAUGGAUGCAAUGAGUGUGGGACCACCUUCAACAGGAAGUCGCAGCUUAUGAUACAUCAGAGAAAUCAUAUAAUAUAAAAAUCAUAAGUUUGGCGAAUUCAGAAAGGUUGCUAUCAAAUGUCAUACUUUCUAACACUUUUGAGGAUGAAUAAGGGAGAGAAACCCUAUUGAGGCAGUGACUGUUGAAAAAGCUUGAAUCGAGGAGUCAAGAGUCACUAUGCAGAAUUUAGAAAGGAGAGUUUUUAAAAAGUAAACAAUGUAAAAAAAGUCAUCUCCCAGAAGACACUACUCAUUACAUAUUGGAUGACUCAUUGAGAUGAAAACCUUAUUAGUGUUGUGAUAGUACAGAAGCUUUUAGUCAAAAGUCAGCUUAUUAAAUGUUUAGAAUACCUAAACAGGAAGAAAAUUAUAUUGUUAUAACAAGCAAGUGAAAGAUUUCAAGAAAGGACAACUCACUGUGCACUUGAGAAUAAUACCUACAGAGGUUCAUACUGACGAGUAGUCUCAAUAAUGUAAAGAAUUUGACAAGCGUGAUGCUAUUGAAAUAGUUCUGUAAGGAAGUGGUGUUCUUUAUAUAUAAAUUAUUACAAAAAGCAGUCAAUUGUAAGUGUUAGGUGUGUUUACUUAGAUGUGAAGAGUUCUGCUUUCUGCUGUGAUGGAAUAACAAGAGUCAGAUUUCCUUUCCUGCCUUAAACAACUAGAAGCUGUCCAAUACAUAUAAUAUAUAAUGGUUUUUAGACAUAGGACAAGCACAGUAGAUUUUCUCUCCUGCCUUAAACAACUAGAAGCUGUUCAAUACAUAUAAUAUGUAACGGUUUUUAGACAUAUGACAAGCACAGGUUUGUAAUCCUCAGGAAACUGUAGACAGAGUGAGGUGAGCACUAUGGUUUCUCAGCCUGCCCCCUGAUGGCAGUUACUAGGCUGCAGUUCAGGGAAGGGAAACGGUAAAUCUUGCUGAAUUGAAGAGACAGGAUUGGCAGUUAGGGAGGCCACAGCAGCUAGAAUUCGCAGGGGAAAGUACUGGAGAGAUGGGAUCUUCCUAGAGAUAGGGCUCAAGACGUCUGCAGAGAGUCCCCUUGGUCCUUUGGCUUAGUACUGACUUGGCACUGAGGCCAGGAAAAGAAGCACUGGAAAGCAGCAGGCUGAACAAUUCCUGGAACUCAUGCAGGGCUGGGAAUAGUUUAUGUUCUCAGCAGCCAGAGUGGAAACAGAUUCUAACACAUGGAGCAUCAGGUAGAAUUCUUAGAAGGGUUUUGUUUUAGUAGUGAGGCUAAUUAGCUCUAGAUUAAAAAGCUACUGUGGACCUGUAGUGUUCGGCAUCCAAAAAAAAUCUUAUCUGGCAUGCAAGGAAGCAAUAAAGUAUGACUUAUAACCAGGAGAAAAAUCAAUAGAAACCCAGAAAAGACAGAGGUGAUGGAAUUAGUAGACAAGGGUAUUAAAAGAGCUAUUGUAAAUAUAAAGUAGAGGAAAACAAUACCCCCACAUAUGCCAGAAGUUGAUGAAACUUGAGGUAUAAAAGAUAUUUUUAAUGGCCAAAAUAGAACUUCUAGGGAUGAAAACACCUUCUGAUUUUGUUAAAAUCCCAAGUGGAGAGAUUAGAUACAGAAAAAGAAAAAAAUCACUGAACGUGAAGAGUAAGAAUAAAAACUACCAAAAUGUUAUGCAGAGAGAGAAAAAAAGACUUAAAGAGAAUAGGAAAACAGUUAUAGUGGUGUAAUAUAUGUGUAACUGGAGUCCCAGAAGGAGAGGAGAAAAUGAAGAGGCAGGAAGAAGUAUUUGAAUAAAUAUUGGCUAAAGAUUUUCCAAAUCUGAUGAAAACAAUACCCCCACAUAUUCAAGAAGUUCAAAUGACCUGAAGUAGAAUAAACAUAAUUUAUUUCACAGCAGUGCACCUCAGAGUCACAUUCAAGAAAAGCACUGAUAAACAGAAUAAUUUUAAAACACCUUGAGAAGAAAAGAUAAUACAUACACAGGAACAAAGAAUGGCAGCAAAUUUAUGGUGAGAACUAUGCAAGCUAUAAAACAAUAGAGUAUUAUCUCUAAAUUCCUGAAUGAAAUAAACAACGAACCCUGCAACCUAGAAUUCUGUUUCCAUCAAAAAUGUUUUCAAAAAUGAAGGCAAAAUAAAGACUGUUUCAGACAAACUAAAUCAAAGAUAAUUUUAUUACCUGUAGACCUGUCUUCGGGGAAUAUGAAAGGAAGUUUGAGGGCAGCAGGAAAAUAAUACAAAACUUAAGUUUGGGUCUGUACAAAGGAAUGAAGUUCUGAAAAUGGUGAAUAUGUGGGUAAAUAUAAAAGAUAUUUCUCUCUUUUUAAAAUCUUUUUAAAAGAGAAUUGGCUGCUUAAAGCCAAAGUAAUGAUAACAUAUUUGGAGUUUAUUUAGAAGUAAAGUGUGAUGAUGAUAACACUUAAGUGUGAAUUGUUAAAUAUAGUUGAGUAGACUGCAUCAUCUGAGUCAGAAGCCUGUUCCUUCCGGGCUCAGGGUAACUUGAAUUUGUACCAGGCACAUGACAGAAAUUGUGUGGAUUGUGGAUCUGCAUGUGUGCUGAGUGUUCCCUAUUUCUUUGAUCCGUUUUCCCCCAUUUUCUGCUCUGUUCCCCCCCAAGACUGUCUUCUAGAGACUGGGGUUUCUUCAUAGGUUUGAACAAUGGGAGAUACCAGAAAGAGAUCAGAUGGGAGGAGAAAAAAAGGUAUUUUAUACCAUUCCCUUCCUCCUGCCUGGACUAUGGUUUAGGUAGCUUCUGUGUUCCCAUAAGGAUACAGCUCCCUUUGGGAAGCCCCCGUCUAUGGCCGUAGAUCUCUUGGUUUCAGUUGUUAUCAUUCCCUCUCCAUGAUCUUCAGACUUUACUACUGGGUGCUUCCCCAACCCACUGGUUGGGUGUCUUUAAUUGUGAACACAUAUUUGUAAAUAGUGCCUUUAUUUGUUAAGUUAAUAUUUUGAGUGUGCCAUUUAUUUUCUGUGCCAUCUGUUAAAUGAUGGGCAUUUAAUAAAGUUGUGAUAAUCAGUUAUCAGUACAAGUGCCUCAUAGUGCAUGGGCUGAAAUGUCUCAAGAUUCCCCACACUAUGUAUCAGUAUUUUCUAUCUGUAUUUGGACAAUGCAGUAGAAAUUAUAACAAAUACAAAGUUCUUUGUGCUUUUCUGCUGCAUAUGUCAGUGGCUCUGGAGAUUGUUACCAUCUGCUACAUACAUAAAUGGACUUGCAGUUAUUACUAAGCCCCUCUUCAGUAAUAGAAAGACUUAUGAAGUCUUUUACUACCUCUGGGUCAGCCAAACAACCUUCAAAAAGCAUCGUUAUUUAGGUUAAAUAUCCAUGGACAAGAAACAAGAUAAUCAGUUACUGAGUGAAGAAAGACAAGAAUGAUGUCCCACACUUCCCAGCCCUCUAGUGUUAUGCUGUACAAUUAAAAUAUCCCUGUCCCAUCAUCUGCUAUUAUUUGUUGUGUGUAAUUCAUGUAAUCUGUAACCUGUGGGCAAAUCUUUACCCUUCAGUAGUCAAGAUUAUGUUACAGAUUUUGUCCAAGAAUCCACACCACCUUUCCCAUCAGUUCUCACCAGAAAUAUGAUGCCAAAAAGAAAAUCAGCUUUUCUAAGCUCAAGCCAGAGUUGCUUCUCUUACAACCUUAUGGCGCUAAUAAAUUAAGUUGAAGUAGACUGCCAAAGAGGCCCAGUGCAGAGGGCAGCACCCCCAUCAUUUUUUUAAUUUCUCCCUUAGGAAUUUUGCCUUUCUUUCUCUUCUGUCCACCAGUCAUUCUCUCCGGCUGGGACACAAACCUUUGAAAGGAAGUAAUUGCCAUUAGGCUUCACAGCAGUGCUUUUUCCUUUCACUUGAAUUUGCAUUUCGACCUGCAUUUUGAAGAUCUUUACACAUGUUUUCUAUUUUGAACAAUGCCAGAAGGCUUCAUUGACAUUGUAGUCGGUGUUAAUAAACUUGUGUAUCACUCUGCUCUGGUCUUUCAGGAACUGACUAGCAAAUGAAAUGAAUACGUUGGGACUUUGGCAUAAUUUGAAUAUAGCAUUGUGAGUUGCCUGUGAUUGUCUCUUCCUAAUUGUGCUGUAAUAACCUGUGUAUGAGAAUAAAAUGAUUUCCACCGUCA